AUGCCACCAAAUGGAUACAAGAUUGCCGAGUGUUUAGAGACGACAGCCCUAACGGCUAGAGCUAAAGGACUUGAUUUGAAAUCUAUGAGUGCCGCCAAUUAUAAUAGAUAUGCCAUGUGUGUAAAAAAGGAAAUGAACGACUUUCAACAGCAACAACUGUCCGCAUGGCUGCCACAUCUAAACGCGGGAACGGUAUUCCCGACAUUUUUCUUAAUGGCCUCGUGUAUGAUAACUCUGGGUGUCUGUCAGCUAUACAUCUCGGCUCAGGUCCAGGAGCUGCAGAUUAAAUACACACAUUGCUAUCCAAUAACUGGCGGCAAAUCAUGUGCCCAGACAUUGGAGGACAACCCGGACUCCGAGGGCUGUAAAUGUGUCCUACCGUUCAUGUUGGACGUGCCAUUUGAGGCCAAUGUCUACAUAUACUAUGCGCUCAACAAUUACUACCAAAGUCUACAGAAUUACAUAUAUUCCCAAAAUGAGGCCCAAUUGGACGGGUCGUUCACACCGACCUACCCGUGCAAUAGUGAGACCCAAUCCCUAUAUAACGCAUUUGCGUCUAAAAUAAUAGACGGAAAAGAGGUGCCUAUCGUCCCGUGCGGUGCCAUCGGCAACAGUCUCUUCAACGACACCAUCAGAUUAGUACGUAGUGGACAGGGAGUGCCACUAAUUUACACCGGUAUCAGUUGGCCAACAGACCAGGUUAAGUUUAAUAACCCGAAAGGCAUACCACUGAACACCGCAUACGAAAACUAUACAAACCCUGUCUAUUGGCGAAAAAAUAUUUGGGACCUGGAUCCAAAUAACUCGGAUAAUAAUGGCAUGAAAAACGAGGCACUGAUAGUAUGGUACCGAACGGCUGCCUUUCCUGAGUUCCGCAAAUUUUACGCCAAAGUCGACCACAAGAUUGGCACCACUUAUGAGAAAUCGCUACCAAAAGGAUCUUAUUUCUUAGAAAUAGAUUACAAUUACCCUGUUAGAAUGUUUGGAGGCACUAAAAGUGUAGUGAUUAGCAACACCUCAUGGAUCGGUGGCAAAAACUCAUUCCUAGGCUUUGCUUAUAUAUCGACGGGAAAAGUUGGCGCUCACCAUAAGUACACCAUAUUUCAUGACAAAUACAUUCACCACAAAGAAAACAUUAACGAAAUUUUUUAG